CUGGAUCCUUCGACAUCCGGGAUCCCUAGAAGCAUUAUCUACUCUGAUGAAGAAUGGUCUUAACCGAGAUGAAUUUAACUCUUACAUCAAUGUUGAUUCUUUUGUGCGUUGUCAAAUUUAGUCCCGGCGGAAAAGGAAUGUUUAUAUCCGAGACAGACUUCAAGACGGAGAAUGAAGAGCGAGCACCGAGGAAGACUAGGGCAGAGCCUGAAUCCGAACCGGAAAGCGAACCUGAAGCGGAAGGAGAAUCCAAAGCAGAAGGAGAACCCAGUAGUGAAAAUCACUCAUACACGGAGCCUACCUCAGAAUAUCCAGAAGGAGAAACUGAACCGUCGCCAACGCCGGAAAAUUGGCCAGAACCAGGCCCCCGUUGGGAACAAGCAUACGAGACGUGGAGAUGGGCCUGGGAGCUACAUGUUUACCUUUACGCGACGAUAUACCUUUUGAUUGGCUUGUACGCCGGAUAUUACGUCAUAGCUAACGUUUAUGACGGUCUGCAAGGAAAAUACCUGAGCGUGAGCCUCAAUAUCAUGGUGUCGAUGUUUGGGUUCACGAGGGCCCUUGUCAUGUUUUUGGACCCAUAUCAUCAAGGGGGUAUAAUUCACAACACUGCGGUGAUGCGCGUGAUUUGGUCCCUCGCAGGCCCUUGUCUCACGGCCUCCGACAGUUUGAUGAUUCUUGCCCUGAUAGAGACGGCAAAAAUCUCCGUUGCACCUCCUAAGCUUCAGAAAGCAAGCACAAACAUUAUUAUCAUAAGCUUUCAUUUUGCACUUGUAAUAACUACAGACUGUGUAGUUGCCGACUAUGUGGAAGCGAAAGUUAUGUUGUUAUUUUGUCAGUUGUUUUUUGUUACGUGGGGUUUUGUGCUUGGAACUAUAAACUUUAUCCUUGGAUACAAACUGGAUAAACAACUUUUCAGUCACAAAAAACCAAAAGAAACAGCGGACAAAAUAUACAUUUAUCUUAUUUACGCCUCCGGCCUAGCAAACUACUUUUUAUGCGCAAUCAUUGUUUAUUCAGCGUGCGGAGUAUUUGGUGUUUAUUCAGAUGUUCAAUUUGUAGAUGCAUGGCCUUGGUGGGCCUUGCAAACGAUGUCUCGCUUCAGCGAGAUCCUCGCGUGUGUCUUGAUAUUCACAGUUAGUGCUAAAAGGACCCGAGUGAAAAAGGCAGUCGCUCAGUUAACGGAUGAAAAAAGCUUAGACACAAUCAUCCCGGGAGGAAUCGGUUCUACGCAAUCUUUAUCGUGGUCCUCAAGAUUCAGAAAUUGCUUCAAGCGUAAAAAAGUCGCCGCUGACAGAAACAGUGGGAGUGCAAUAAGCCUAUUCACAGCUCUCCGUGAAAUGGCUCUGGCUGCGACCGGUGAGAACUGGUACGGGACAAAUCUGGAUCCCCCAAUGAAAGAUAAUGGGGAAUGUUGGGUAGAAACAAAAACGACUUCGUCUGUAAUUCAUCUGCCUGGGAAAACGAAAAUACAUCCACAUGUAAACACAACUGACGACUUAGGGAGCGAUGGCGAGGAAGUGGAAAAGGAGUACUUAGAACUUGAGUUAAGACGCGUACAAUCAAGAAGAGCGAGCAUGUUUACAGCUCUUCACGACGCUAAAAAGACGCGUAACACGGCCUUUCCACCCGGAAAAAUGACUCGGCUAAAGCCAUUAUUCCAAACUGAUAAUUCUGGAGAAACUAGCAUCAAGGAGAUUGACUCGAAGAGACAAAACUCUGGAAAUACUUGGGGUAAAUGGCCGGAAACAACACUUCCAAACAUGGCAAACACGGAAGAAAAUUACUGAACAAUAAACGAUUCUUCUCGGAGGGCAAAGGUCACAUGAUGAUCGAGAAAAUCAAAUCUCUUUUUCCAUACGCACCAUUAAGUAACAGGAAGGCUGGCAAGGUUUUUCUGCACUGAUCGAUUUUUUGUCAUACGAAAAUAACAUUACAACUGUGAGAAUUUUUUAAGC